UUAACUUCACAUGCUCACACACAAUCUGCCUGAGUAGGGAGUUGCAGCCACAGACUGCAGGUGUUCUUAAAAAGACUGCCAACAUGUCGUUGUCAAAGAGGGCUAGUUUGAGCUGGUAUCAGAGAUAUUUAUUGGGGAUAAAAUCCCACCAGGACAUGAAGAUUAUUCAAAUACAAAAAUGCGAAGAUAUUCUCUUUACAAUACUCAAUAGGGUUUAUCAGCAAGACAGCAGAUUCCAGGUGGAUUACUCCAGGGAGCUGGCGUGCUUUGAACAUGCUCUCAGGACAGAUUUUAGUGAAUUGGACAUGGAGGUGCCUCUGCAGUUCAACGAUUUGUCCUUAAGGAUUGAAGAGAGUUGUGACACCUCCAACACUGUGGACGGAAUCUCAGAUCAAACCCAGACAAGAAAGGGAUUUGUUUACCUGGCCGUUUCAAAGGCAAGUGAAGGCAGAUGGCUUGAGAGUGACCUAUUCCACAGGCUUCCCAAAUCAUCCCAGUGCAGUGGGCAUAUUGUUCCAGGCAAAGUCAUAAAUGUCCUGAAAGAGCUUCUCAAAGGAGCUAUUGUUUACUGUGAGCAGAAUUUCCUUCUCAGACCAGGAGAUGUGAAUGCUUCUUUGUUAAAUUUUGAUGGUCCCAGGAUAACACUGGUUCUAAGAAAUUUGAUGAAGCCCUUACGAGUUAAUAUCAUUCCAGUACUUCGGAGAACCAAUGACUUUUCAGAGUUUGUAAGUGAGGAUGAGAAAAUGUUUCCUGAGCCAAUUAGUCAGGUGGCACUCUCAAACACUGACAUCUGCAAUGGAACUUAUUAUCACUGGAGAUUUAGUUUUGAGCGACCGAUGAAAAAGUUGCUUGAGAAAGCAGAUGCUGAUGGAGGCCAUCGGCUUGACAGCCUGUGCCUUCUGGACAGAAUUAACUCUGACCACUGGCUCCCAGAGCAAAACUAUAGAGGACUCAAAUUUAAACAUUUUAAGACGGUGUUACUUUGGGCCAUGAAGUUUUUUCCAUCUUCCGAAGACUGGGUUGACAUGGAGUCAUCUGUUUAUCGGAUGUUGGUGGUGUUGCUACGAUGCCUUGCCCUCAGGGAUCUACCCAACUACUUCAUGCCUGAGAUCAACGUUUUCCAUGAAGAUUUCCAGCCACCGUUUGAUUUUCAAACUGUCUACAAGAAGGUAGAAGAUUUUGCUGGCUUCCCUGAGAAAUGCCUCCAGAUACAUUUGACCCACCUCCUGCCUGCACAGCGCCGACACAUUGACAAUUACGUAAAGAUGCUGCUGCAAAUCCAGGACAGAGAGGGUCUUUACUGGAACAUGGCUUAUUUUGAUGUUAUUCUGAACAAGUUCCAGGUUUACCAUGUCCAAGAUGUUGACAGAAUUGGGGCCAUGCAGCUCAUCUGGUCAAAAACCGCCAAACUGGUGACCGAUGAAGGAUGCUCAUCAUAGCCAUGAACGAUGCUCAUCGUCAUCCAAGAAUAAUGUUUAUCGUGACUCAAGGAGGUUGGUGCAGCUUAACUCAUUACAGAAGGGGCCACACGUCUGCACAUAAGAUGAAAAACACAGCCCUUCUGCACACUACAGCAGUCUGGACCAAUACCCCUACCUACAAUCAUACCUACUAUAGAAUGGACUACAUACCAUAUCCAAUCUGAUGUAGAAUACAGCACAACCUUUUGGACACAUCUACAAUAGACGGGUUCAUGCAAACUCUUAAAAAGAUGCUUAAUGCAUAUAAAGAAAAGACUAAAAAAGUGGAGGAAGUACAACUGUUGUCAAUCUACUUUUUGCAAAGUCCAAAUUAUACACUUUACUGUAUAGUUUGGGCUUAAAUUUUUCCAUGCAUAUGUCUAAACUAUGCAGUUAAGUUCAAACUAUAAUAAGCAUAGUGUCACCUCUUGACAUAGUGUCAAUUGCUUGGCUUGAAUGAGUGAAAUUUUACAUUAACCAAUUUGCAUUUCCAGGCUCAUCUUACAGAAUCACUCAGAAUACCUUAUAAACAAAGCAAUGCCGAGUCAUCGAGGAACAGAUAUGUAUUUUCCAAACAAGGUUAUGUCUGGCUUACCAUCUACUGUAGUGUACAGUGCAAUGAACCAAUUCCCAUCUAUUUCCUACAAUUUGCCUCACCCAGAAUUGAUCAUUCGUCACUAUUUCCCCCACUUCCAUAAGAAACCGCCAUCAGCAUUUAAAAAGGACGGUUCCCUGUUGCGAAUUCUCAGUCAGCUUUUCCAUCCCCAACACUUUCUCAUCUGAAGGCACAUUCCCAUACUACUGUAGGGGACGCAGCACCUGUCCUUUCACCCCUUCCCUUCCUAUUAUUAAGGAACACAAACAAUCUUUCCAGAUGAAGCAGUGAUUCAAUUGCAUUUCUCGAAAUCUGGAUCACUGCAUUUUGUGAUGACAGUGUAGUCUCCUCUGCAUGAUUGAAACCAGCCAGCUUGUGUCAUCUUUGCAGAACACCUGCCUCCAAUCCCCCUUGAGUGACAGUGACUUACGGUUCUCUGUCUUUUCUAUUCUCCAUCCCAUUCACACUCUGACGUAUCAGAGUAUGUAAAAGACACUUGGGACAGGUACGUGGAUCUUAAGGGUUUAGAGGGAUAUGGGCCAAACGCAGGCAAAUGGGAAAUAGUUCCUCAACCCAACUCGUCAAUGCCGACCAAUGUGGGACAUCUUUCUCUGCAUAGCCAAGUUGGGCCGAAGGCCCUUUUACCAUGAUCUAAGUGUCUAUCCUGCACUGUUACAAUGCCCAACACAACUUGAAGAACAACUCAUCUUUCUCUGCCUGUAUCAGGACUGGCCAAUUCCAGUCAUCAAUCCGUGAUAUUGAUUCAGUUUUUUUCCCUCUCCAUUAGUACAGCCUAAUCUGCAGGACAUGUUUCACAAUCCUGCUAUUAGCAAUAACAAAUCAUAAAAAGAAGUGUCAUCAUCACCUAGCAGCCCCUACCAAUCUAUUUUUCACACAGAGAGUGGUGAAUCUCUGGAACUCUCUGCCACAGAGGGUAGUUGAGGCCAGUUCAUUGGCUAUAUUCAAGAGAGGGAGUUAGAUGUGGCCCUUGUGGCUAAGGGGAUCAGGGGGUAUGGAGAGAAGGCAGGUACGGGAUACUGAGUUGGAUGAUCAGCCAUGAUCAUAUUGAAUGGCGGUGCAGGCUCGAAGGGCCGAAUGGCCUACUCCUGCACCUAAUUUCUAUGUUCUAUGUUUCUAUUUUACCUGGUCUCACCCUAUCACAAAUAUUCCCUUGGCUCUAUCCAUUGUUCCCACAUCUUCACCCGCAAGUUAAAAACUAAUCUGUUUUUUUUUCUUUCCCAGUUCUGAUGAAGGAUCUUUGAUCUGAAAUACAAAAUCUAUUCCUCUGUCGUUAUGUGCAGCCGAUCUUCCGUUCCCAGCACAUUUAUUUCAGAUUUCCAGUAUCCGUAGUUCUUCGUGAGUUUAUUCAAAACUAACGUAUGUAAAUGUACAGGAUCUGGCAGUGAGGCACGAGAUAUACAAGACAGGUUCGAAUCACUCGUCUUCUCUGCAGUUACUUUACGUUUACAGGAGCAGUUAUUGUUACACAUAAACCAUCUCGUAUCCCUUAAGCAAGACGGUUUAUGUGCAAUAGUAACUACUCCAUUGUACAUGAACAAGAAUUGUUAUUAAGUCAAGUUAUACACCAUGAGGCUAGGAUGGAAUGUCUGUUGUAACCAGUACAUGUAGAAGAAGCUAUCGAUAUGAAUCCGUAUGAUCCUUAGAAUCAUGUGCAAACAGUUGUAAGAAUGAGGAGACCCUGUUCCAGUUUAGAAUGUAUUGGCUGAAUUUGGGAAAGGUCAACUUCAAAGCAUCUUAAGUAGGCCCCUCUUAUAAUACGUAAUGUUUAGAUGGAACAUCAAUCUCAUUUCUUGUAGUAUUAACACCACGAGGCUUAAUGGCUGAUCAACAAUUUAAGGCUUCAGGCAGUAACAGUAAAUAGCUAGAUUGAGCCCUAUAUAUACAUUGAAAUAUUUUAUCACAUUAGAAGCAUACCUGUGAUUUUUUAAAUCAUUUUUAUUCUUUUCAAAAACUAUCAUAUAUAACUGGAGUGACCCAGAAAUAACAAAUGGAAGUUUAUAUCUAUUUAUAUCGAUAACAAGUUCCUUUAUAUAACUUCUGGCAUACUAUUGGGAAUUUUCCCACCAUUUUUUAUUUAUGGAAUAUUAUGUAUCAAAUAAAACAUACCAAAAUCAA